CCCAACUUUUAAUUGAUAAUUUUGUUUGUAUCGAAAACAAAAUAAUAAAUGUGUAAUAUUAAGAAAUAUGUGUGGAAAACUCGUAGCACCCCAUUAAAGCGGAAAAAUAAGUGAUGCUUUGCCUCCAGAAAAGAUCAUAGAUUCCGAAUAGAUGUGUCCAAUUUGAUGGAUUUUUUUAAGGCUUAUACGGGAUGGUGACUCAAAAACUGUUAUAAUGUGAAUAUGCCUAAUCUUGACUAAACUGUGUCCUGGAAUCACAUUGCACUUGUAUCGAAAAUGUCCAAUAUAAAAAGUGUGAAUUUCUAUGAUUUAUGCCGUGUGUGCACAACAACAGCAACAAUGGAAAAGAUUGAUAUAUUCUCUGCUGAAGGCAAAUCAAAAAAUUUGAACAGCAAAAUGAAUGAAUGUUUACCAAUAUUGGUCGAGGAGACGGACCGCUUGCCCAAGGUUAUAUGUCAACAAUGCGUCAAUUUAUUGGACAACUUUACAGAGUUUCGAAACAUUUGUCGAAAUUCUCAAAUUAUGUUAAACUCAUGCCUAGAAUCUUCUGAAAAUGGUGGCGGUGGUAAAGUUUUAAUUAAGGACAUCAUAACUUCAGGCGGCAAAAGCACUAGUGUACUUAAUAAUGUAACCAACUCACUGGCGAUUCAACAGUCAGCAGCGCCAAUUUUUUCGCAGACGCAUCAACAAAUACCCAUACAACCGCCUCCAAUUUUUUCAUUGCAAGGAUCCAAUCUUGUGGCACAAACUAUGCCAACUACCAUACAAAAUCAAGAUUUGAAUGCAAUAAUGCAAGCAGUUGCCAUGCAGUCAAGUGAAAACUCGAUUAAGCCAGAAAAACCAUCAAUUCCUCAAUACACCAUUACGGUGGACAAUUCUGCUCAGCAGUCUUUGUUGCAGCAACAAACGAAUCAAACCUCAUUUCAAGCUGCUAAGGAAAAAGAAACAAAGAAUACUGCUUUGGAAGAAUUUUUAAAGCUAAAGCCCAAUAUAAAGGUAACACCAAUAUCAAAAAAACCAGGGCAACAGGAACAACUGCUACAGCAGCAGCAGCAGCAGCAGCAACAACAACAACAACAACAACAACAACAACAGCAGCAGCACCACCAGCAGCAACAGGAGCAAAUGGUACAACUGCAACUACAGCAAUUGCAGCAACAACUACAAUUGUUAACAUCGCAGUUGCAACCUCAGCAAAUCACAAUCACUGCUCCACCAUUGCAGACUCCCAUCAAUUCAACAAUUUCUGCAUCAGAUAAUAAUACAGCAAUGUCCACGUCCGAUGCCGAAGAUUCAAGUCCUUCGAAAAACAAAAAGCCAAAAUUUAAUUUUAUACUAACACAACCACAGCCUACAAUGCCGGCGAAUAGUGCAACAACUCUUUCGGCCACUUUGCCGCAGCUUGUUAAUCCAUCUCAGAUUCAAUUUCAACUGCAGCCUACGUUACAGCAACCCAAUACCACGGCAACAUUGUUGUCAAACUUGGCUCCGCUGUUGCAACCACAAACACAACACAUAAAUGCCCUUCUGCAGAGUCAGUCUCUGGCCCAAAGUGCACCGAGUUUCCUGCCUAUAACCAUAAAAGAUGAAAAUACCGAUCAACAAUAUGUGGCCCAUAUAGAUGCUAAGAAUUUCCUUUUGCCCACGACAUAUCAGCUACAAAUGAAGUUACAACCACAAAUAACGGGCCAGCAAAUUAUGCAACUGGCACCAACAUUACAACUCACUACAAAUCCUUCUUUUCCUGGUGUAACUUCUCUUAAUAGCAAUAUUUCUUCGCUGAACAGUAACAGCCAAUCUCUGCCGGUACAGAUUGCCUCAACACAAAUACAACAACAACAACCUUUAAUAAGCAAGCAACACAUAAUAACGACGACAAAUCAACAACCAUCCACAGAAUCUAAUCCUCCGCUAUUGAAACAACCCACAUCGGCUAAAAAUAUAGAAAUCACUUCACAACAAAUCAUCAAUCCAGGCAAUAUAAAACAGGAACCGCAAACAACGUCAGAUGCAGAGCAGAACCAGAAAAGCACCGAGUCGGGCGAAAACAUCAGUCGUCCAAAAUAUAAAUUAGCCCAAUCGGCUGGUGGCAAUUCCAUUGAAAUUACACCCACCACAAGUUUCACACAGAAAAUAAUGCAACAAGUACAGGAACAGCAACAACAAAAGCAUCAGCAAAAAGUCUUAACUGCCGCUGCAGCUGUAACACAGCACGGUGGCAUAACAGUUCAACGUAUAAAUGCCAAAACAAAUCAAAAUGCUGCACCCGCAUCGAAUGAAACCCAUGUGCAAUCUUCUAAACCCGCCAAUCCGCAGUCAUCACAGGCAAACUUGCCAAAAUUGCCCAUUCUGAAUAAAAAUAACAUUACAAUAAGUCGUGUCGUCUCCAUAAAUCAGCCGGGACAAAACAAACAGCCUAUGCCGAAUAACAAUCAAACCAUAAAAGUAACACCCAAAACGAUAGGGAGUACAACAACAAAUGUGAAAACUGUAACCCAAAUACAAAAGCCGCGUCAAUCUUUGCCAACAACUCAACAAAAGCCACCACAACAAACUAAAUCUCUGGCUAAUACAGCGCCGGCGGCAAAACAGCAGCCAAACCAGUUUCAAACACAAAAAUCCCAGGUCCUGUCCAAUAUUCCCAACACAACCGUAAGAUUUUCGCCGACGAAAAAAAUCAUGAAGAAAAUAGAAAAACCUCCAGCACCCGAAGCCGCUAAUCCUGUCGAACAAAAUACUAGUAGUACAACACAUUCAAAUGUUAGCCUCAUUGAGGAACCCCUCCAUGGACCGGAUAUUGUGGAUAAUAGAUCCCUAACGGACACGGGCCAAAAUGCCAUUCAGAAUAAUAAUAUAGAGUGUUCUCAAUGCGGCCGUGCCUUUAAAAAGAAAGAGCAUCUAACGCAACACUUAAAACUGCAUACUGGCAUACGACCAUUUAAGUGCAAUGAAGAAGGUUGUCCCAAGGCAUUUCAUCGAAAGGAACAUCUGUUACGACAUUUGGUGUCGCAUUCCGGAAAAAAGAUGUUCAGCUGUGACAUAUGUCAAAAGCCAUUUUCACGCAAAGACAAUCUAAGCAAGCACAGAAAAAUUCAUGGUGAAACCAACACAAACAAUUAUGACUGUGAGAUUUGCCACAAAUCGUUUGUUGUAAAGGCCUACUACAUACAGCACAAACUAUUGCAUAAAACAAAGGCCUUGCCACUACUCGAGGAGAAUCAUAAACCUGAGGAGGUUGAAGAGACAAAUGAAGAUGAUGACCACAGCGAGGAAAAGGAAACACAAAAUACAAGCGAUUAUCAAAAUCAGGCAUCGAUUGUUGCCCAAGCUGCUGCGGCCAUUUCUCAGCAACAGGAACAAUUGCAAAAACAGCAGCAACAGCAGCAACAGACUUUGCAGCUGGUACAGCAACAACUACAGCAAUUGCAAGGCCAACCACAAAUAAUGCAAUUGCAACUACCCUCAUCGAUGGUCACCACACAAAGCGGCAAUACCAUAACCAUACAGACCUCCACCGAUCCCAAUGCAAAUACUUUAAAAGCCCAUGAAACUACAGUGUUAAAUCUUCCCGCCACUUCACUUGCUAAUUUUGUUCAAUUGUCACAAGCUCAAUUUGUUAAUCCUGCAACGGGUCAAAUAAUGGGACAUUUAAAAAUAGAAAAAUGAUCAAAUAGUAGCUAAAACUUGUGAGUUUAAGCUCAAGUCCAUCGUCGGUCAAUAGUUUGUACCAUAUUCUCAAUUUUGUAUAAUCUCUGCCCGCUCCAGUCGGACACAUCGAUGUAAGUUAGACAUUUUUUUUAUUUCACUUUGUGCUGUUUUACUUGUACAUACAAUAUUUUAUUUAAAUAUUUCUAAUUAAGAAUAAGUUUUAAAUUUUAUAUAUUCUAGGUUAACUUUCAGCAUCAAAUUUUGUGUAAUUUUCUGUUAAAUUCGUGUUUGUUUUUGUUUGUUCUUACUAAUUGCCCUUUUGUUUAACUUUGAAUAGUUUUCUGUGAAUUUUAAAUACAGGGAUGGCCAGCCAAUUUAUUUAAUGCCAUAAAAAAAGGCUACUACAUUAAUAGGUCGAUUAUGGAUUGCAACCCCACUUCAGUUGAGUUUCCAACGGACAAAUUUCUUAUAGGAAUGUCCAUUUCUGGAUUUAAUUGCAUACGUUUUUUAUAAUUUAUUUAGUUGUUGAACGUUCAAAACACUGAUAUCGAAUGAUAUCAACUUAAUAUUAAUUUUUAUUUCCUGGCAACGCAACUAUACUUGGGUUGCCAUCCAAAAUCGAUUCCUAAGAGUGUUCGCGUACUUCAAAAUUCGUACCAAAAGGAGAGAGCGGGA